CGCCCGAGCCUCGCGCCGCUCGCCAGUCUCCACUCCACUCCACUCAGAGGCGCGUGGCGGUCGCGCAACGCCUCAGCCGCUGGCUCCAUAUCAACACUUUUACUUGAUUUAAAUUCGCAAACCGUGCCCGCGCGGAACUGUCACUUUCGCUCCAGAUCCCCGACCGGUCCCAAUUAUGAUAACAUUGUGAUUCUAACCAGUGAAGUGCGCCCUUAAGCUGAUUUCAGCUACGUCCCGAGAUCUCAAAAUGCCCCAAUGGGCCAGCGCAGCGGAGGGCGGCGGUUCCGAGGCCGAGUCGCCGGUGCAGAUGACGUGUUAUGAAGACGAAACCUCCGAGUAUUAUGAGAACAAACCCGACUUAGCUGACAUGAAGAUCGAACAAGCUGGUGAAUUUUACGACAGCGGAAGCGGCAGCGAUGAGGUGGUGGUCCGUCGGGGCUGCCGCACGCGGCGGGCGGCGGCCGGCUCCUCCUCAUCCGGCACUUCAGCUGGCUCCGGCACCGGCCGCCGCCGGCGAUGCGGCAUCUCCGCCCGGGAACGGAAUCUACGCCGGUUGGAGAGCAAUGAACGGGAACGCAUGCGCAUGCAUUCACUCAACCGAGCUUUCGAGGACCUGCGGCGGGUAAUUCCGCACGUGAAGAAAGACAACAGAAGCCUAUCCAAAAUAGAAACCUUAACUCUUGCCAAAAAUUACGUUAAGGCUCUCACAAACGCCAUUUGCUCUAUGAGAGGCGAGGUGCCUCGUUACAAUUUCGACAGUGCAGAUGAAAACGUAGAGCCAGUUUUCGUGUUGAGCCGCGACGAGCAGAACAACAACGACCCAACGGACGAACCCCAAGAGACGGAGUCAAGCGUCCGGCCUCUCUGACCCCGCGGCCCGACCAACCCACUCAUCCUCACCGCUCAGUCAAACGUUGCCACUAUGCUCUCGAUUUAAUUUUAGUAAAUUAAUCUAUCUAUAUUCGUUGCCAAAAAUACUUGUAUAGCUACUUAAUAGACAAAAAUAAACAGAGCAGAAUUGAUAUAUGGAUAUCGUAGGGGAUAAUUUUUACUUAGGUAAUCUCUAAAAUCUCCUAACCCGUGUAAUGUAAGUAUGUAGAAAUAUGCAAUGGAUGAAAAAAAAAAACAUUUCAACUCCCAGGUGGGAGCUUAAACCGAUGCCGUGGAGUGAGAAAUAUGACCCUUACCUACUUUACUGCAUCGCCUCAUUCAAACCUGCGUUUCAAUUUGAUUGGGACACGCCCCGGUAGCCCAUAUAGAAAUAUGUGAUGUAGGUAUGUACGAGAGAGACUAAUGU